CAAGAACGGAAAGCCAUGGAGCUUUCCGACAGCGACCGCCCGGUCAGCUUUGGCUCCACGUCGUCCUCGGCCUCCUCCCGGGACAGCCAUGGUUCCUUUGGCAGCAGAAUGACCUUAGUUUCAAACAGCCACUUGGGCUUGUUUCCCCAGGAUAAGGAAGCAGGGGCCAUAAAGCUGGAGCUGAUGCCAGCCAGGCCGUUUUCCAGCAGCGAGCUGCCGAGGGACGGUGCAGCCGGGCAACAGCACACGGACCAGGGCAGUGAGAGGCAGCCCCGGGCCCAGCACAGAGUGGAAACCAACGGGGCGACCAAAACGGGGGCAGAAUCAGCCACCAGCCCCAAGCUGCUCUAUGUGGACAGAGUUGUGCAGGAGAUUCUGGAGACCGAAAGGACUUACGUGCAAGAUUUAAAAAGCAUCGUAGAGGAUUACCUUGACUGCAUCAGGGACCAAACGAAACUUCCUCUGGAGGCAGAAGAAAGAUCAGCCCUUUUUGGAAACAUACAGGAUAUCUACCACUUUAAUAGUGAACUUCUGCAAGACUUGGAAAACUGUGAAAAUGAUCCUGUGGCCAUAGCAGAAUGCUUUGUGUCCAAGAGUGAAGAGUUCCACAUUUACACCCAGUAUUGCACUAACUAUCCGAGAUCCGUGGCUGUGCUAACAGAGUGCAUGAGGAACAAGAUGCUGGCCAAAUUCUUCAGGGAACGUCAGGAAACUUUGAAACACUCACUGCCUCUGGGGUCCUAUCUCUUGAAACCAGUUCAGCGGAUUCUCAAGUAUCAUCUCCUUUUGCAUGAAAUAGAAAAUCACCUUGACAAGGACACAGAAGGCUACGAUGUGGUGCUUGAUGCUAUAGACACGAUGCAGCGAGUAGCCUGGCACAUCAACGACAUGAAGCGGAAGCAUGAACACGCCGUCCGGUUACAGGAGAUACAGAGUUUGCUCACCAACUGGAAGGGGCCAGACCUGACCAGCUACGGGGAGCUAGUUCUUGAGGGGACCUUCCGCCUCCAGCGGGCCAAGAAUGAGCGGACACUCUUCCUCUUUGACAAGCUGCUUCUCAUCACCAAGAAGAGAGAUGACACGUUUACGUACAAAGCUCACAUCCUGUGCGGCAACCUCAUGCUGGUGGAAGUGAUUCCAAAGGAGCCCCUCAGCUUCAGCGUCUUCCACUACCAGAACCCCAAGCUGCAGCACACCGUGCAGGCGAAGUCGCAGCAAGACAAACGCCUGUGGGUUCUGCACCUGAAGAGGCUGAUCCUGGAGAAUCAUGCGGCGAAGAUUCCAGCUAAGGCCAAGCAAGCAAUACUUGAAAUGGAUGCCAUUCAUUACCCAGGCUUCUGUUACAGUCCUGAGGGAGAGACAAAAGGCUUUUGUGGCUCUAAAGAUGGUUCUGCUCCAUAUCGGCUAAGAAGAAAAUCUGAACCUUCCUCAAGAUUGCAUAAAGUUUUGAAGACCAGCGAAACAGCACAAGACAUCCAAAAGGUUUCCAGAGAGGAAGGGUCUCCCCAGCUGACUUCAGCAGGGCCAUCUCCCGCCCAGAGGAACAGUCAGCCGAGCAGUUCUGCCAUUAUCAGCGUGCUUCGCGGGGGCGGGGCCAUCAGAAACAUCUGGACGGACCACCAGAUCCGGCAAGCCUUGUUUCCCAGUCGGCGGUCUCCGCAGGAGAACGAGGACGAAGAUGAUUAUCAGAUGUUCCUGCCGUCCUUCUCCUCUUCAGAUCUGAACUCUGCCCGACUGUGUGAAGAUAGCACUUCCAGUCGACCUUGCAGUUGGCACAUGGGACAGGUCGAGUCCUCGGAGACCCCCAGCUCUGGCCACAGGGUUGUGCGGCGGGCCAGCAGUGCUGGCGAGAGCAACACGUGUCCCCCUGACAUAAGAAAUAGGGACAGUGACAGCCCUCAGUACAGCUCCCGAAGGGAACUGCAGAAUGACCCUAAAACAGAGGGGCGGGACGGGAUGACUCCCUUCGGGUCCUCUGUAGAGUUGACCAUUGAUGACAUAGACCAUGUCUAUGAUAACAUAAGUUAUGAGGACUUGAAACUGAUGGUGGCUAAACGGGAAGAAGCUGAAGCUCCUCCCCCCAAAUCAGCCAGGGACUCUGCUCGCCCCAAGAGCACCCCGGAGCUGGCCUUCUCCAAGAGGCCAGCAAGCCCAGAGAAGAGCCCUCGGCACCCCCAGAGAGAUGGUGGCCCCCCAGGCCGGGAGGCGUGGAACCAAAGCUCACGCGAACUCCAGGUGGUGGAGGAGAACGUCUACGACACCAUCGGGCUCCCAGAUGCGCCCUCCCAGGACUUCAAGUGCAGCAGCCUGAAGCGUCCCAAGAGGAGCACCUUCCUGGGCCUGGAGGCCGACCUGGGGUGCUGUGACAGUCUGAGGGCCUCUGUUUCCCAGGACAGCCUCCAGCUCAGUGAGGACGAGGCGCCCUACACCCCGGGACCCUCCGAUAACGAUUAUCUGAGUUUGUUCUAUAACUCCUUCGGCUGCAACUUGUCCAUAGCUGAUCAGUCCAUCUCCGAUAAACUGUCUGAAGAAGUAGACGAAAUCUGGAAUGACCUGGAAAAUUACAUCAAGAAAAACGAAGUCAAAGCCAGAGAUCGGCUCCUGGCGGCGUUUCCCGUUAGCAAAGACGAUGUGCAGGAGCGGCCGCUGGCGGGCAGCGCCCCGGAGCUGAGCGCGCGCUCCCCACGUUCCCCGCCCGCGGGCCGGGCUCUCCUCGUGCCGCCCAGAGACAGGCCGGGGCCCAUCUCCUGCACGCUUGACCUAACCCCGGCCUCCAAAGACGGCUCCUGCCUGAGUCUCCACCGGCUGUCGCUGGUCAGUGACCUGCCGCCCGUGGAGAGUCCCUAUGACGUGGCUGGCAGCAGCCUGUCCCCUGCAGACCUGAAGAACCCCGACCCCGGCAUGGACAAUGCAGACAAGACCAGGAGCAAGGUUUUCCUGAUGGCCAGGCAGUACAGUCAGAAGAUCAAGAAGGCAAAUCAGCUGUUAAAGGUGAAAAGCCCGGAGCUGGAGCAGCCGUCUGGUAGCCAACUGCAGAAGCAGGUUUCCAGGGACCUGGCGGCCAUCCUAGAAGAAAAGAAGCAGGGCGGGCCCGCCAUCGGUGCCAGGAUUGCUGAGUAUUCCCAACUGUAUGACCAGAUUGUAUUCAGAGAGACCCCCUUUAAGACUCAGAAGGAUGGCUGGGCCAGCCCUCAAGACUCCUCCAACCUCAGCUCUGCAUCACCUUCCCACACCCAACAUGGUAGCGAGGAUUGGCUUUUGCAUUCAACCUAUAGUAACGGAGAGUUAGCAGAUUUCUGUCCCCGGCCAGAGCAAGACUUGAAGUCAAAAUAUCCCACUUUAGAGAUCAAUAUGAAAAGUACCCCAAGACAACUGUCCGCAGCUUGCUCCGUGCCUUCUCUCCAAAUCUCUGAGCCUCUGCUGGGCUCCAUGCAGAGACACAGCGUGGUGGUCAGCCAGCCCAACAAAGAGAACUCCUGUCAGGGCCAUCUUUACAACUCUCUGGGACGGAAAGGAAUCAGUGCUAAAUCUCAGCCUUAUAACAGGUCCCAGUCAUCUUCCUCCAUCCUGAUAAACAAGUCCGCGGACUCCAUCAACUACCCUAGUGAAAUGGGAAAGAAACAGCUGCUGUCUUUACACAGAAGUUCAGGGUGGGAGAGUCACCAGGAUUUGGUGCCAGGUAUUGCUGACUCAGGUCAACAGGGCACUGGAAAACACUCAGAUCUCACACUCCAGGACUCGCAGAAAGUUCUGGUAGUAAAUAGAAAUUUACCUUUAAGUGCCCAAAUAGCUACCCAGAACUAUUUUUCCAAUUUCAAAGAGACUGAAGGAGAUGAAGAUGACUAUGUGGAGAUCAAGUCAGAAGAAGAUGAGCCAAUAAGCAGCAAACUUGGACCAUAUCUGACAUCAUACAAUGAUUCUGACAAACUGAAUGACUAUCUCUGGAAGGGGCCAUCUCCCAAUCAGCAAAAUCUUGUCCAAUCUCUAAGGGAAAAAUUCCAAUGUCUUAGUUCAAGCAGCUUUGCCUAA